AUGGGGUCUCUUCUAGAUCACUUUUUGAGCAAUGAUUUUCCUUAUCAAGCCGAUGAUAUUGAAGCCUUUUGGUCAAGCUUUCUGGGGCUUGCCAAAGGCCUCGAAACUACGCAGGAACAACCUAACGGCGGGCUCCAUGGGGAUCUCAAACCGUCAAAUAUUCUUCUCUUUCCACAGAGGAAUGCCGCUGAUAGCAAGCACUCCUUCAUGCUCACAAUUGCGGACUUUGAUAGCAGUCGCAUUGGCUCGAUCUAUAAAUCUCCAGAUGGCAGCGCCAAUCUCCGCCCGAGGAGCACUCGGACGUACGCUGCCCCUGAGGCCUAUUUAAUCGGAAAUUUUAGACAUGUAGCGAAUCAAUCAGGUGAUAUGUGGUCUUUUGGAUGUAUCUUGAUGGAAGUGGCUGUGUGGAUCACAGGAGGGUUCAAAGCACUUGAAAAAUUCAAAGUGGCCCGUGUGGAAGAGACUUCCAAGAUACCGGACUUUCGUGACACUGGGAACUGUGACUGCUUUCAUGAAGGAUAUGAUCUUUUACCAGCCGUCAAAGAAUGGGCUCGGAUCGUCCAAGAGAAUGCCCGACGCAACGACAACAUCACACCGAGGAUGGUAGAUUUUAUUUCGAACAGUCUGCUGCGACCGGAAGGUUUUAGAUGUUCCCCUCGAAACCUAGAGGCCAACAUGAGAGAAAUUAUUUCCUCAACUAAGGUCGUGGCUCAAGCAUAUUAUAGCAGGAUCGAGCAGCAUCCCCCGUCGCCUAGCUCUGUUGGUUCUAUGCCUCCUACCAUCAUGAGGCCACUAAUGAUCCAGCCAGUUUUAUCAAUCCAAACGUCGCCUCAACAAAAUCCAUCAGAAUUGAUGGGAUCUCCCGUCACGCCAAUGUCACCAUCUAUUCACUAUCAGCUCGGACCAACAGAUAACACCGUGAUUCAGCGUACCCUAACAGAUCCUGCCGUCGAACUGGUGAGGAAUAACACGACCAGCCCUUAUCCGAAGGUCAGUUUGAGGGAACUGGCCUUGUGGAGGGGCAAUAAGAAAAAAUAUAGACCAGAGCUGCCGGGUUGGAAAGAAGCACAGAACUUACUGAGAGGCCGCGAUUUCCUCUUCAUCAUCGAUAAUUCCAGGUCAAUGUUCGAGCACCAAGCAGCUGUCAUCGAAGCCGUCGACAACCUGGCUUACCUUGUGAAGCAGCUUGAUCCCGAUGGCGGCGAGAUUAGGUGGACGUCUAGUCCCCAGACAAAGGAAAGUUUCUCCAACAGCACCCAAGCUGGAGAUUCUGCGAGAAGGGCAUUCGCGGAAAGAAGCCAGGUCGACUGUAACAUUGAGGGAGCUCUCAUGGAGGCUUUACCAACCAAGUUCCGCUCCGGAUCGAUGGCUAGCGGGAGUUCUUGGGGGAUUAGAUCGGGACUUAGUCGCAUCCGCUCUAACUCCUCAGCAAAACGCCUCAGUGUCUUAGUAUUCACAGACGGUGUUUGGGUUCCUUCAGAUGGAGGACUAUGUGGAGCGGAGCGCCCGAUUGAGCACCUGAUUCAGCAAAUGAAAAGCCAAGGUGUCCAGCGGUCAGGCAUCGCUGUGCAGUUCUUACGAUUUGGUUCUGAUCCCGCUGGGAUCGGACGACUAGACUAUCUGGAUAAUGAGUUGGCUAAGAAGCCAGAGAACCAGGGAUUCGAUAUUGUAGACCAUAAGUCUGAGCAGGACAGUGUUUGGGGAAUAUUGAUAGGGUCGGUUUUUGAAGCAAUGGAUCACCUUGGCUAA